AUGCAAAAUCAAUCAGUUACUACAGAGUAUAUAACCACUUCAUGGGCUGUGGUCAAAGGCUUUUUCUCUCGUGAGCAGAGACUAUUGGAGCAUAUCGCGCAGAUCGAGAAAUCUUUGCACCAAGCAGGAUGGCAAAACCAACAGGAAAGACUUGGAUAUACAAAUCUGCUCUCGCAAUACAAUGAGCUUUACGAAGGAUAUCAGAAGAUUCUUGGCUCGUAUGAGUCUCUUCUAAAGACAAUUGGGGACAAGACGAGUGAUACACCUCCACCAUCUGCAUACGAAGAACUGCGGGUUAUAUUCGAGAAGCCAGAUCAUACUGAUAGUGUGGAUGAUCUUGAUGAGGAUGUGAAGCAUGAGGUCAACAGUGUUUGA